UUAUUGCAAGUGGUGCAAUAACCUUAUAACUCGCUUUUAGCUGAUUUAUUUCUAAUUAAAAUUUUUGACAGAUUUUCGGAAAUAUUUUCCAAAUUAAUAUUAAUUUAGAAUUCAAAAUUAGUCUUAUUACAAGAUUCAUUGAUAUUAAAAAUAUAUUUCAAUAAGGUUAUCGAAUAAUAUACUGCCCUUACAUUGUGUUCAGCCCUACAGGACCUCAGAAAUCAGCGAAAAAUGGAUAAUAAUCAAGUAAUAGAUUUAAUGGAUGAGACUGUGCAGCCAAAAUCCAGAGAAAUUAAAAGAAAUGGACGAUUGAAACCCAAACAUCAUCGUACAGUCAAAGAAGAAAUGCAAACAUUACAUCUUAUCGAAGAUUCUCAAAAACAAAUUAUGGAUACAUUAAGAUAUAUUCAUGGUCCUAAUUUUGAAUUGACUGAUAUUAGUAAAUAUAAGAAUAAAAAAUCACGAUUUAAAGAUAAGUUUUGGGAAGAUGCUGGUAAUUUAGUUAUUAAAAGUGCAUUCGAUUAUUCACAAAAUGCAUUUGUGCUGACACCUAAGCAAGAGUUUAGAAUGUAUUCCGUUAAUAAAUUAAAGAGUUAUGGAUUUCAUGAAAGCCAUUGUGUAGAAGCAUUAGAAUAUUUUAAUGAUGAUAUUGAUUCGGCGCUAAAAAUAUUAUACACUAAAUAUCAUCGUAUUAAUUCAGAUACUUCGGAUCAAGAACAUGAUCACGGUUUAACUGUAGACGAAUUAUUACAGCAACGUAUCGAUGAAAAAGAUGUACUUCAAUCAAUAUACGAUACUUCAUUUAGUGAAAAAAUACCGAAUAAAUUAUGGAUACUUACAUUUCAAUUAAAUUAUUUAAUCGAACAAUACUCAAAUAAAAAACAUACCGAAAAUUUAGUUAAAAUACAAAAUACAUCGAAAAAAAUUGAUAAAUGUCGAAAUUUUUUACGUACUGGGCAAUGUAAAUAUGGUAAUAAAUGUCGCUUUUCACAUGAAAUUGAAACUGUAAAACCACAACAAAAUGAAACUGAAGAUUAUAAGUUUCAUCUAGAAAUUCAUUUUGAUUCGAAUUCAAUGUAUCCAUAUGAACCGCCAGCAAUGAUAUUAUUAACAACGAAUUUUCCAACAAUACCAAAGAUUACAUUGUUGUAUAUAUGUGAACGUUUAAUAGGCGAAGCGAAAAAUUUAGCUAAUGAUGGAAUUGUUAGUAUAUAUUCCAUUUGUGAAUUGUUACAGCAUCCUAGUGAUAUUACUGAUUACUUGAAUACGACGAAAGUACGUUUUAUCGAUGAAUACGAACCAUUAUUUGGUGGUAAUCUAUUGAAUGAUGGUCAUGACGAAAAUUCACUCCUACCAACUCAUUACGAACAAAAUAUUAAGAUUAAAAAACAAUUAAAUAGAAAUUACGAACAUCAAGAUGCUCUUUUAUUCAAAGAAUUCAAGAACAAGCAAAACAAUACCAAAUAUCAAACAUUCUUAGACUCACGAAAAUCAUUACCAGCAUGGAACAAACGGGACGACAUCUUGAAUAUUAUAAAAAAACAUCAAGUCAUUCUAAUCAGUGGCGAAACUGGAUGCGGUAAAAGUACACAAAUACCACAAUAUAUCUUAGAUAAUUGGCUAUCAAAUGAUGAUGGUAAACAUGUGGAAGUGAUUUGUACACAACCACGACGAUUAUCUGCUAUUGGAGUAGCGGAACGAGUGGCUUCCGAACGUGUUGAACGAAUUGGUGGUACAAUAGGGUAUCAAAUACGAUUAGAAACUAAAGUAUCGGAUUCAACGCGGUUAAUAUUUUGUACAACUGGUAUUUUAUUGAUGCGAUUACAAAGUGAUCCAUAUCUGAAUUCUAUUACCCAUGUUAUUGUUGAUGAAGUUCAUGAACGAAGUGACGAAAGUGAUUUUCUUCUGUUGAUAUUACGAAGAAUUCUCCCUAAGCGACCCGAUUUAAAAAUUAUAUUAAUGAGUGCCACUUUAAAUGCAAAAUUAUUUUCUGAUUAUUUUGGUGGAAUACCAAUUAUUGAAAUACCCGGUAGAACGUUUCCUGUUCAACAGUACUUUUUAGAAGAUGUUUUAGAAGAGACUGGUUAUGUACUAGAAGAGAAUAGUCCGUUUGCUCGUACUGAUGUUAAAACAUCCGAUUUAGAAGAACAACUUGCCACGUGUGAAGUUCUAAAAGAUAAUCAAGAACCCUCGUCAGGAAUUAAAGAUUAUAAGUUGGCAUUAUCGCAAAUUUUAGCUCGAUAUCGUGAAUAUUCGAUGUUGACUUGUAAAAAUUUGUAUUUAAUGGAUAUGAAUAAAAUUAAUUUAGAAUUAAUUGAAUCCACAUUAAUGUGGAUUAUUUUUGGAAAUCAUAACCAUCCAAAAGAAGGGACUAUAUUAAUAUUUCUACCUGGAUAUGCUGAAAUUACUGCUCUUUUAGAAUUUCUAUCAAAUAAUACGAAUUUUUCGACACGACAAAGAGAUUUUUUAAUUUUACCUUUACAUUCUUCUUUAUCGAAUGAAGAUCAAAGUGCUAUAUUUAAGAAACCAAAAAAUGGGGCUAGAAAAAUAAUAUUAUCAACAAAUAUUGCUGAAACUUCGAUAACAAUCGAUGAUUGUGUAUUUGUUAUUGAUUGUGGUAAAAUGAAAGAGAAACGUUUCGAUAGUAAUAAAAAUAUGGAAAGUUUAGAUACAGUAUGGAUAUCAAGAGCUAAUGCUAUGCAACGUAGAGGUCGAGCUGGUCGUGUAAUGCCAGGAGUUUGUGUCCAUUUGUACACUAGUUUUACAUUUAAACAAUUCAUUGCCCAACCUGUACCGGAAUUACAUCGAAUACCAUUAGAACAAAUUAUAUUACGGAUUAAAGUACUACCAAAUUUUAUGAAUAGUUCAAUACAAAGUGUUUUAGAUGAAACAAUAGAGCCUCCAGCAACAGAAAAUAUAGAGUCAUCAAUUUAUCGAUUACAAGAUGUGGGUGCAUUAGAUGAAGAUGAAGAAUUAACACCAUUAGGUCAUCAUUUAGCCACGUUACCUGUAGACGUUCGAAUAGGAAAAAUUAUGUUAUAUGGUGCCAUAUUUUGUUGUGUAGAUUCAUCGUUAACGAUUGCUGCGUGUCUCAGUUAUAAAUCACCAUUUGUUGCUCCGUUCUUACAAAAAAGGGAAGGUGAUGCCAAAAAAAAAGAAUUUAUGUCAGCAAAUAGCGAUCAAUUAACUGUUUUAAAAGCAUAUAAGAAAUGGAAAUUAGUGGCAGAUCGAGGAAGCCAAGCUUCGUACAAUUUUGCACAAGAAAAUUAUUUAUCGCAACGAACAUUGAUUACAUUGAGUGACAUAAAACAUCAACUUUUAGAUUUAUUAGUAAACAUUGGGUUUGUCCCAAUUGCUCAGAAAAUUCAAAGGCGUACAGGACAAGAUCGAGUUAUGGAGAUGACUGGAACACAGAUGAAUGAAAAUGGGGAAAAUUCAAAACUACUAGCCGGCGUUUUAUGUGCAGCUUUAUAUCCAAACAUAAUAAAAGUAUUAACACCGGGAAAAUCGUAUCAAAAAUGUAUUGGAGGUGCUUUACCAACAGUUCCCGAUCAUGAAGAUUUAAAAUUUAUAACAUUAGAGGAUGGUAAUGUUGCCAUACAUCCAUCAUCAGUUAAUUCUAAAAUUGGUGCAUUUUCAUCACCAUAUUUAUUGUAUCAAGAGAAAGUUAAAACAUCUAGAUUGUUUGUACGUGAAACUUGUAUGGUACCUCCACUCUGCCUAGCCUUGUUUGCUGGUUGUGAUUUACAUAUUGAAGUACAUUCUGGUAUGUCAAUUAUUUCGUUGGAUGAUGGAUGGAUUAUCUUUAGAACAGAAACGCAUGAGGUUGCUGAAAUGUUAAAGGCAAUUCGAAUUGAAUUAAAUAAAUUAUUGGAAGAAAAAAUCAAGGAUCCUUCAUUAAAUUUAUUAAAUUUAAAUCAAGGGAAAAGGAUUAUUUCCACGAUUAUCAAUAUCAUUUCUGUGAAUAGUUGAAUAUAAUCUUAUUUAACAAAAAUGUUCUGAUUGAUAUAGAAAAAGUGGUUCAGUGAAGGAGGUUCGACUUUUAUGAAAUUCAUCCCGAUUUAUAUAUAUACGAUUAUCAGUUCCUCUGUAAUUAUUUGGUUAUUUAUUGUGUAGUAUAUUAUCCAAAAAAAAUGUACAUUAUAAAAAAAAUCGGUAUAUUUCUAUGAAAGUCUUCUUCAAAUGCUGUUGUAAAUAUGAUUUUACAGAAUUAAAUUCUAACCUUA